CCUGUCGCAUCCAGCACAAACGGGAAUAGCGUUUCUCUCCCGGCAGGAUCCGCCACGCAUCUAUAAUAAACUAAAUCAUUGGGGUUUCGUGUGUCCGAGACAGUGUUGUCGCCGUGUGUCUCUAAUAUAUGCAGCAUCUUCCAUUGAUCUGUUGAUAUCUGCUGGGAUAUUCUGCAUCUUUGGAAAAAAUCACCUCAAGUGCUGCACAUUAAUGGCCACCAUCACAGGCUUCUCUGUUAUACCUGUUCCAUCGGGGCUCCAUCGAAUCGAUGGGAUUUUGAUUAAGAGAAUUUGGUGACUGUAGAUGUGAAUAUAUAGCCGUUUUUAUUCAUUUAUUAUACGCCUAACAGUGUUUUCAUUCGUCGUUUCAUUUAUCGUUACGUGCAGGCCGUGGUUUUCGUCACGGAUGUCCACGAUGGGUUUCAGCGAUAAAUACCGCGUAUGUUGUUGAUAAUCGGUGACAUUUAUCACGGAUGAAAGCCGUUUUUAGUCAUCGAGGACGGAGAGCAGCGCAAGGCGGGAUUCUUGCGUCUGUAUCAAUCGACGCACCUCUUUUUACCUCAGCUUUGCCUCCGAUUUUUCCUUCUUAUGAUUAGUUUUAUUUACAUUCGUCAUUUUCUAUGAAAAUCACUUGAAUAGAUGUGUUAUUAAUUUAGUUUUUUAUUUCGUUAAAAAUCACCUGUCCACCAGAAGAGGGUCUCCAUCAGCUUAUCGUCUCAUUGCAAUACCCUUGACGAUCAACAGUUCAUCGCGUGAAGACGGCAUGCCUCAAAAUUGGCGCGAAUAAUUCGCGCGAUUCGUCAAAAUUGAAUCUAAGAAUAUCUGCUCAUGGUGACUAAUUAACCGAAUCAUUUCUCAUCUUCAGUCAUUAAUGCUUUUAAAGUUACAUGGUAAUUUGUGUUAUCGCCAGGGCCAGAGGACUGUAUUCUUAGUGGAAUAUACCAUUCUCUUUUAACCAUUCCUCUUGCACAGACUGAAGGCACUCUAUACUGGGGACUAUUUUGAUUUUAAUAUUAUGUUUUCAGUCCUUUUUUCGCCUGGAAGAUGGCAGCUGUUUAAAUUUUAAUCUUAAUCCAUUCUGGUGACACGGGAGGAGAAGAGGAGUACAGAGUGAAUCGGGGUGGAGAGGAGAGAGGAGAGGCGGUGGAGAGGAUGUAGGGUGGAUACGGGAACACCUCAAGGUUCAUCACACUUUAGAGGGAGAUUGUCCCGCCCCUUUCACCUUAUCCGUUCCUCUGUCGUUACCAUGGCGCUGUCACUGUGGUUACUGUGGAUGUGUCCUGUGUUGCUUAGCAACAUCGCUCCCUCUGAACAAGGUCUCAGCCGCGCGGCCAUGCCGUUCGGUCUCAUGAGGCGAGAGUUGGCGUGUGAGGGGUAUCCCAUAGAGCUGCGCUGCCCAGGAAGUGAUGUCAUCAUGAUAGAGUUGGCCAACUAUGGGCGCACAGACAACAAGAUCUGUGAUGCCGACACCUUUCAGAUGGAGAAUGUGCACUGUUACCAACCUGACGCCUUCAAGAUCAUGUCACACAGGUGUAAUAACAGGACUCAGUGUGUGGUGGUGGCAGGAGCUGACGUGUUUCCUGAUCCCUGUCCUGGAACUUACAAAUACCUGGAGAUCCAGUAUGAGUGUGUCCCUUACAUUUUUGUUUGUCCUGGAACAUUAUUACGAGUGUUGGAGCCCAGUUCAGUGCGAGAGGCGGAGCAUCAGUCGGGGGCGUGGUGUAAGGACCCUCUGCAGGCGGGUGAUAGGCUGUAUGUAAUGCCCUGGACGCCCUAUAGAACAGACAUGCUGUAUGAAUACGCUUCCUGGGAUGAUUACAUUCAAAACAGGGUCACAACUACUUAUAAGCUGCCGAGUCGAGUCGACGGCACUGGUUUUGUCGUGUAUGAUGGCGCUGUGUUCUACAAUAAGGAACGGACACGCAACAUUGUGAAAUAUGACCUGCGAACACGCAUCAAGAGUGGUGAAGCCAUUAUUGCAACCGCAAACUACCAUGACACGUCGCCGUAUCGCUGGGGCGGGAAAUCUGACAUUGACCUCGCAGUGGACGAACACGGGCUGUGGGUCAUUUACGCCACUGAAGCCAACAACGGACGCCUGGUUGUUAGCCAGGUAAACCCUUAUACUCUGCGUUUCGAGGGAACUUGGCAGACGAGCUUCGAGAAGCGCAUGGCAUCAGAUGCAUUUGUUGCAUGUGGCAUAUUGUACGCCGUUCGCUCCGUGUACCAGGACGAUGAUAGUGAGGCGGGCGGCGACCUCAUUCUGUAUGCCUAUGACACGCGGCAUAACCGCGAGGAUCUGGUGAGAAUCCCGUUCCCCAACCCGUACCAGCACAUCUCCUCCAUCAGCUACAACCCCAGAGACAACCAGCUAUACGUCUGGAACAAUUACAUCGUCCUGAGAUACCCGCUGGAGUUCAUCCCACCACAGCCCACCUCAGAUCCUCUGUCUACUCCCCAUCUCUCCACCACUCCUCUGAGCUCUCUCUCCUCUACCGUGUCAAUGGGCUUCAGUCCCACCUCCGUACCGUCCAUUACCUUUCACCCAGUAGGGGCCAUCAACAGAGCUCCGGCAGGGCGACCCAUCACUGCCACGGUACCGGUGACCGUGAGGCCCCCUCGCCGCCCACAGGGGCCCCGCACACCCAUGUGCGAGGGCCGCGUAACACGCGGUGUCCAGUGGCCCCCUACACACCGAGGAGAAACAGUGGAGAGACCCUGUCCUAAAGGUUCAAUUGGAAUAGCAUCAUAUCAGUGUAUGGCCGAUGAUGUGGCUUGGAACCCCAGAGGUCCUGACCUCAGCAACUGCACCUCCCCAUGGGUCAGCCAGGUCGCUCAGAAGAUCAAGAGUGGAGAGAAUGCGGCACAUAUUGCUGCUGUACUUGUCAAUCACACACGGGGGUGGGUCUAUGCUGGUGAUGUCACUUCCUCUGUGCGCCUGAUGGAGCAGCUGUUGGACAUUCUGGACUCGCAGCUGCAGGCGCUCCGCCCCGGCAACAAAGAUUUAGCAACACGCAACUAUAACAAGCUUCAGAAGAGAGAACGCACCUGCAGAGCGUUUAUUCAGGCGGUGGUGCAGACGGUGGAUAAUCUGCUGCGGUUGGAGGCACUGGAAUCGUGGCUGGACAUGAACUCCACAGAACAAUCACACACUGCCACCAUGCUGCUCGACGUCAUGGAGAAAGGAGCGUUCCUGUUGGCCAAUAACCUGUACGGAGGUCACUUCAGCGACCGCGCGCCUAACGUUGAUCUGGAGGUGUAUGUGCUGAAUACAGAGAUGGAGUUGAAGGAUUUGUCGUUCCCGAACACAUAUGACAGUGACAGCACCAUCCACCUGUCAUCAUCCACCAUCAAACAAUACAGCCGCAACGGUCAGGUGAAGGUGGUUUUUAUGCUCUAUAAGAAUCUGGGCUCGUUUCUGUCGACUCAAAACGCUACAGUGAAGACAGACGGAGAGCUGAAGCCUGGAGGAGACAGUCUGGCCGUCAACUCACACAUCAUCUCAGCGUCAAUGAACAAAGAGUCCAGUCGAGUGUUUCUGACAGAACCGGUGCUCUUCACACUGCGACACCUGCAGCUGGAGAAUCACUUCAAUCCAAACUGUUCGUUCUGGAAUUACUCGGAGCGCUCGAUGAAGGGUCAGUGGUCAUCGCAGGGCUGCAGACGUCUGCACAGUAACAGCACACACACCACCUGCGCCUGCUCACAUCUCACCAACUUCGCUGUGCUCAUGAACCACCAGCAACCUGCUUAUCCGGGUGGAGUUCAGGGCUUGAUUCUGUUCAUCAUCACGUGGGUGGGGAUGGUGAUUUCUCUGGUGUGUUUGGGUCUGUGUAUCUCCACCUUCUGCUGUCUGCGAGGUCUUCAAAGCGACCGCACCACCAUCCACAAGAACCUCUGCCUCACACUCUUCAUCUCACAGCUGCUCUUCCUCAUCGGCAUGGACAAAACAGACUACACCGUUGUGUGUCCAGUGCUUGCCGGUCUGCUUCACUUCUUCCUGCUGUCGGUCUUCUGCUGGCUCUGCAUGGAGACUGUGCAGCUGUAUGUGCUGUUAGUGGAAGUGUUUGAGAGCGAGACGUCUCGACGGAAAUAUUAUUACCUGUCGGCGUACGGAUUCCCAACGCUGGUGGUGGCCAUUUCAACUGCAAUUGACUACAGGAGCUACGGAGGACCCAAAGUAUGUUGGCUGAGGGUGGAUAACUACUUCAUCUGGACCUUUAUAGGCCCCGCCUCCCUCGUUAUCUUGCUGAAUCUGGCGGUGCUGGUAAUCACUGUUCACCGAAUGAUGCGUCACUCCACCGUACUGAAACCAGAUUCAAGCCGAUUCGACAACAUCAAGUGCUGGACGCUCAGCUCAGUCACACUGCUGUUACUCGUCUCUUUGACGUGGAUUUUCGGCCUCGUGUUCAUUAAUGAUAACAGUGUGGUGAUGGCGUAUCUGUUCACCUCAUUCAACGCUUUACACGGCAUGUUCAUCUUCCUGCUGCACUGCGCUCUUCAGAGGAAGGUGCAGAAAGAAUACAGCAAAUGCUUGCGUCAGUCACAUUGCUGUGGCCACACCUCCUCAACCGGUUCCCAUGGGUCCCUGAAGAGCUCCGCCCACCGAGGCAACAAUCGCUACUAUGGCGGUAGCCAAUUGCGACAUGCACCAGCUCAAAGACAGAGUCGUAUCAGGAGGAUGUGGAAUGACACCGUUCGACGGCAAACAGAGUCGUCCUUCAUGGCAGCAGAGAUUAACAACACACCCACACUCACUCGAGGCACUAUGGGUAAUCACCUCCUGGCCAAUCCGAUGCUGCAAACUCGCUCUGGCUCCUCCCCUUACAACACCUUAUUGGCUGAAACAUUCAACCCGCCCUCACCGGCAGUGUUCAACGCCACUGGCACUUUCAGAAACUCAAAGGGCACACUGUCUUGCAGUCGCGAGUCUUGCGGGUUGGAGGGAGUUCGUCUGAAUGGAAACUACAACAACAGCUACUCACUGCACGGGGGAAGCUCUGACCUGCUCGGGGGUGUUCCUGUGGGAUCAGGGUGCGUGUCCGGAGAGGUCAGCCCAGCCCUUUUGACACCCAGAGGGGUGGAGCCUUCUGGCACUCUGCGGCGAAACCUUUCCGACGCGGCAGCGUUGGAGAAAAUUAUCAUAUCUGAGCUGGUCCAGAGCAACUUACGGUCUGCCACCGAUCGUUACGGCAAUGGAACGAGUUCUACGAUGCACCGUCAGGACUAUGCCAUGUCGACGGGUCACCGAGAACCUCCACAAAGGCCUCUGCCACGCCCCCCUCCCCCACCCCCGCAGGACGAGGAGGAGUUACUCUACAAAGCUUUGGAAAAGCCACGCCUACCGGAUAAACCCCGCCUACCUGACAAACCCCGCCUUCCGGAUAAGCCUCGCCUCCUGGAGCACGCUCAGUCCGUGUUCUACCAGAGCGAGGAGGACUCGGAAAGCUUCUCCGCGGAAAUCACGGACAGCAUGGGCGGAGCCGGGCCUGACUCCGCCUCCCUGUACGCACGGGACCGGGAUUCGUCCUAUCCUGACAGCAGUCCUGAGGCACUCGGGACCAAGUCACAUCCGACCCUCCCCCCAGACGAGCUGUACUUCAGCGCGGGACGUCAAGCACACAUUUCAGCAUUUUACCAGCCUCCUGUGCGCAGGACCAAUGACGAGGGGCGACUCGCGCUGCAGCCCUCGCAGGGUGAAGGUGACGGACAGAUGCAACUGGUGACGAGUCUGUGACUAGGGCGCUGGUGACCGGGACACGCAGAUCUGGAGGAGGAAUAUGUGGAUGAGCGUCAUCAUCCUCAUCAUCAUUGGAAUUAAUAUCAGGGUGAAUCUCACGAAACCAGUCACAAACAUGUCUCGCUCAUAUUUCAAAAAGACGUUUCGUGGCAAUUAAAGGAAUAUUCCGGGUUCAAUACAAGUGAAGCUCAAUCGACAGCGUUUGUGUCAUAAUGUCGAUUACCACAAAAAUGUAUUUCAACUCGUUCCUCCUGUUCUUAAUAAAGCACAAAUGUGUGUUCCAGUGAGACACUUCCAAUGCAAGUCAAUGGGGUUUAAUCUGUACACAUUAAAAUACUGUUUCACAAGUAUAGACACAAGACAUAAACAAUAUGUGUGUUAACAUGAUUUUACUGUCAUUAACUCAUUAAUAUUUAAUAUAUUAAUAUUAAUAUUUGUCCUGUAGCGGUGGUUUUGAAAAAGGACCGGCCCGUUCACUUCCAUUGUAAAUGCCGUACUGUAAUCACAAUCUUCUUUUUUAACAAACGAGAGACCAGCUGAAAUAAUACAAAAUAUAUAUAUUUUUAAAUUCUCAUUUCUGUAAUGCAAAUUAAAUCCUGUUAAAUUAUUUGAAUUAAAAUGAAUUAAAGCUCAUUAAUGCAUCAUGUACACAGCAAAAGUCAUUGUUUUCUAAAUAUUUUUGUCUUGUUUUCCAUUUUUGUAACAAUAUAACAUUUUGAUCAUUUGUCUUUUCAGAGACAUCAAAGAAAAUGUAACAACAUUUAUGCUUAUAAGAAGAAAAAAGCAUUUGACUCGAUUCAAAGGUGAAACACGUUUAUUUUCUAUUGUUUUAUUAUUUAUUUAAUUUCUCUGAAAACUACUUAAUAACUUAUAAAGCGUUUUAAGUAUUUGUUCUUAUUUUAAGGAUGUUUAGAUGUUUUUACUGGAAAACAAGACACAAGUACUUUUCUAAUAAAUAUAUUAAAUAUAUUCUAGUGUAAUAUUUAUUGUACUGCCUUUAUUUUAUGCUGAUUUAAAUAUAUAUUUAUAUAUUAUAGUAUUUUUUACUAUGAGAGUAA